AUUUUCUUUGACGUAGACGCCAGAGAAGUUUUCUGCAGUUACGACACGAAGGGCGACGAAAAAAUAUGCGUUGGACAAGUCGCAGACGUUCUCCGUGCCUUGGGGCUGAAUUCAACCGAAGCUGAGAUCAAAAAAUGUUGUUCACACUGGAAUAGUUUAGAUACGCGCAUCACAUUCGAAGAGUUUCUGCCCAUUUACCAGACGAUAGUAAAAACGAGCGAAAAUCUGAGCGCUGAGGAAUUUGUUGACGGAUUGAGUCACUUUGACAAGGAAGGCAACGGUUUUAUUAGUGUUGCAGAACUGCGCCACAUCUUGACUAACCUAGGCGAAAAACUGACCGACGAGGAAGUAGACCAACUUCUGCAGGGUCAGGAAGAUUCGAACGGCAAUGUGAAUAUCGCUGACUUUGUACGUCCUACGGUGGGUUUCCCUUGGAAGUCAUUCGUCACACUAGUCAGCAUCACUGAAAACAUGCCAACACAUUCGCCUACAGACAAGGCUUAUAAAUUUAUAGCCGCGAUCGUGAAAUCGACUGACGGUGUCGAAAAUUACGGCGAAGGGGUCUUGGAGGAGCUGUUGAACUUUUCUUAUGUAUAUACGAUUGAAUUGCUGAAGGACGCAGUUCGCUAUGCAGAAUUCGCCGGAAGAAAAGCAGUUAUCAAAGAAGAUCUUCUGCUAGCCUUAGAAAUGAGAAAGCAGAAUGCAAAUCCUGAAGGAUUUGCGAGGCAAAAUUUACAGCUAAUGAAAGAGUGUAACAUGACGUCUUUGCCACUUAUGAGCUCAGCUGGGAGAGUUCGCUUGCAUUCGGAAAGAUAUGAUCUUGUGCAGCCACCCUACGGCCUGAAACCUGGCAUUCAACAUAGGGUUCCAGUCAUCGCAGCACAUCGUCCGAGUUCAAUCCGCUCCUCACGGUUGAUCAAACACCUUGGAAUCAUGUCAAUGUCUUCGCAUACUCCUAAAGCUACUGCAAUUAUGAUAGCCAUCGUCAAACAGAUCGGUGGCGCAGACGACUACGAUGAAGGAGUCAUCAAUCAGCUGCUGAAUCUUUCGUACGGAUAUACAAGCGAAAUGUUAGAGGACGCUCGUAAAUACGCGGAAUUUGCCUCAAGAAAAACGAUAGAUGCAGAAGACAUUCAGCUAGCCCGUCAAAUGAGGAUGCAGGAUCCAGAUUUCAUACCGCCUUCUAGGGAACUCUUCCUGGAACUGGCAAAAGAGAGGAACAACAUUGCUUUGCCUAUUCUAAAAGCAGCUGGAGGGCUUCGUUUGCCUGCCGAUAGGUACUGUUUACUGCAACCGAACCACAACCUCAAGCAUGGUAUUCAACAUGUAGUCCCACCGGCACACAGUAGCUCGUCCAGCAUUUCCGGUGUGAAGUAUGCUUUUAUUUUUUCAGUAGAGCCUCGUUUAAUGUGUAUUAUCUUUGUAAUGGGUAAUGGAUAAAU